CUCACUGUGUGUUUUCUUCCAAAACUGAAGGUGGUGGCCUUAGGGAAGAACACCAGGGGAUACCACUAUAUCGUAGCCAACCUGGGGAUCUCCAACACGAGUCUGGACAAGGUCUUUUCUGGUGGGGCCAACAUCACAAGCUUCCAAAUCAUCAACCCAGACAGCCCCAUCGUGCAGCAGUUCCUCCAGCGCUGGGAGCGCUUGGAUGAAAGAGAAUUUCCAGAAGCCAAAAACACUCCACUGAAGUACACAUCAGCGCUGACCCAUGAUGCCAUCCUUGUGAUCGCGGAGGCCUUCCGGUAUCUUCGGCGCCAGCGAGUAGACGUGUCACGCAGAGGAAGUGCUGGUGACUGCCUCGCCAACCCCGCCGUGCCUUGGAGCCAAGGCAUCGACAUAGAGAGGGCACUCAAAAUGGUUCAAGUACCAGGUAUGACAGGAAACAUCCAGUUUGACACAUUUGGGCGACGGUCUAAUUACUCUAUUGAUGUGUACGAGAUGAAGCCUAAAGGUCCCAGGAGGAUCGGCUACUGGAAUGAGUACGAAAAAUUUGUAUAUAUUAUGGAUCAGCAGGUCACCAACGAAUCCUCUUCUGUGGAAAACCGAACAAUUGUGGUCACUACUAUUAUGGAAGCGCCGUAUGUGAUGUACAAGAAAAACUAUAUGCAGAUGGACGGCAAUGACAGAUAUGAAGGCUACUGUGUCGAUUUAGCUUCUGAAAUUGCAAAGCAUGUGGGGAUAAAAUAUAAGCUGUCGAUAGUGCCAGAUGGAAAAUACGGAGCCAGAGACCCGGACACCAAGACGUGGAACGGGAUGGUGGGUGAACUGGUUUAUGGGAGAGCUGACAUAGCCGUGGCUCCUCUCACCAUUACGUUGGUACGGGAGGAGGUGAUAGACUUCUCUAAACCCUUCAUGAGCUUGGGAAUCUCUAUUAUGAUUAAGAAGCCUCAAAAGUCCAAGCCAGGAGUGUUUUCCUUCCUGGACCCACUGGCCUAUGAGAUUUGGAUGUGCAUAGUGUUUGCCUAUAUCGGCGUGAGUGUGGUGCUCUUCCUGGUGAGCCGAUUCAGCCCCUAUGAGUGGCACUUGGAUGAGAACGAUGAGGCCAAAGACCCUCAGAGCCCCCCUGACCCUCCAAACGACUUUGGGAUUUUUAAUAGCCUCUGGUUCUCCCUGGGCGCCUUCAUGCAGCAAGGAUGCGAUAUCUCACCAAGGUCUCUGUCGGGCCGUAUUGUCGGGGGAGUGUGGUGGUUCUUCACCCUCAUCAUCAUCUCUUCCUACACGGCCAACCUGGCUGCCUUUCUCACCGUGGAGAGGAUGGUCUCUCCCAUCGAGAGUGCAGAGGAUCUGGCCAAGCAGACGGAGAUCGCCUACGGCACGCUAGACUCCGGCUCAACUAAGGAGUUCUUCAGGCGCUCCAAAAUAGCCGUUUAUGAGAAAAUGUGGUCGUACAUGAAAUCGGCCGAACCCACCGUGUUUGUCAAGACGACACCGGACGGGGUCUCCCGGGUCCGGAAGUCGAAGGGCAAGUUUGCCUUUCUGCUCGAAUCCACAAUGAACGAGUACAUAGAGCAGCGGAAGCCCUGCGACACCAUGAAAGUGGGCGGCAACCUCGACUCUAAGGGCUACGGUGUGGCCACACCUAAAAGCUCAGCAUUAAGAAAUGCUGUUAACCUGGCAGUGUUAAAACUGAAUGAGCAAGGCCUCUUGGACAAAUUGAAAAACAAAUGGUGGUACGACAAGGGAGAGUGCGGCAGCGGGGGAGGUGACUCUAAGGACAAGACAAGUGCAUUGAGCCUGAGCAACGUGGCAGGCGUCUUCUAUAUUCUGGUCGGGGGGCUCGGCUUGGCUAUGACCGUUGCUUUGAUAGAGUUCUGCUAUAAGUCACGGCAGGAAACAAAAAAACUCAAGCUGGCGAAGAACGCCCAAAACUUUAAGCCAGCCCCCCCAGCAAACGCCCAGAAUUUUGCCACAUACCGUGAAGGCUACAACGUCUACGGGACGGAGAGCGUGAAAAUCUAAAGGGUGAUUCUUAAGCCCCACUGGUGCAUAAAGGAUAGAAAGAGCCACUCCGACACGUGACCCAUGACCCCGACAACCCUCCACCCCUCGAAGGUGGGCAAUCCUGGAAGCGACGCCUUCCUCGUCAUCAGCUUGGACUCAAGCCAACAAGUCAACAAGUGCUCAUUUGGGGUUAUGAACCGUCACACUGACAGAGGGCAAUCACACGCAUCUGGACUUCUGUUUGUGGGAACAUGGGAAUUGCCUCUUUUUGUGCCUUAAGGAGCAUUUUGGCGUCAUGGCAAUGCAGAUAAAAUUAAAUUAACUUGAUAAACACAGAACAAAAAAAAAUGUAAAAAAAAUGGCGGCGAUUGGAUAAGAAACGGCUUCAUGUAGAUGGACUGAUGUAAUUACUGUUUUAUAUUUUGAAGACGACAAAAAAAAAAAAAAAAAAAGCCAUGGUUUGCAAUGAAAUCCCUGAGGUACUUAAGUAAUUUAAAUCCUUUAAAGAGAUAUUUUUGUGGUGAAACCUUAAGUUGGAUAAAUGUUAUGUUUAGUGAGGUAAAGUCCUUCUCUUGUGUUAUAAGGAUAUUUCCAGUGUCGGAACAUUUAGGACAAGCAUCAGUAACAAUAAUAAGGCUAAGGAUCAGUUGAACUGGCAGCAUUUUCUACCAGUUUUUGUUUUUACUCCAACUUCAACACGUCAUGCUUGUGUACAUCUGAAACAGCUGGGAUGAUGUUUGUUUCAUAGCCUGCUGGACAUCCAACCUACUCUGUAUUUACUUGGAUGCUUGUUUUAAAUCAAGUAUGUCAUUUGUUUAAAACUGCCACUUUUUUUGGGGGGGGGUAGGGGGUGAAGACAUUUCUACCAAAGAGGUUGGCUUGUUUUCAACUUGGCGCCGCGUUACUGAGAUCGAGACAAUUCCCAACUCUUUAGACGAAAAGGGGGGGAAAAAAAAAGACCCCGUUUUACGUAACAAAGCAUUGAAGUCGAUUUUAAAAGAGCUCAUGGUUUACACUUUGUACACACGCCAGCACUGCUCUCGUAUAGGUGCGGUUUCAUCAGUUUUGGUAAACGGCGCUGUGCCGUAGCUUCUUUUGGUCGCGAUGAGCUUCCUGUGCAUUUCGCAGAGGCCGCGCGACGAAUCCAACAUUUGUACGACUAAAACUCUGCAGUCCGCAGGGAGAGGCUGACAUUACAAACCAUUUGCGCCUACACUUGUUUGAUAACUCUUUCUCAUCCUUUUCAUAAAGUGCAUGUGAAUUUGGUGGUAGUUUAAUCAAAUAGCAACUCCAAACGGACCCGGUUUAGUCGGCUCUAAAAUGACUUAUUCCAGUUUGAGUUUAGGGAGGGGGGGUAUUUUUGGGUUAAUUUAUUGAUACCUCAACCGUGAGAGUUGCAUGUAUGGACACAAGCCUCUGUGUAGAGGUCCUGUACAAAGGAUUUUAUUACAUUUCCUUAAUAAAAGAAGAUUUAUAUUCA